AAGAAAUGACCUGGUUAACAAGAUCAAGAUUGGGAAAUUAUCAAAGAUUGGAUGUGGACGAGAUCCUCCCAGGUGUAUACAUAUCCGGAUGUAGUCCUGCAGCUAAUGAGGAAAUUCUAAAAAGUCUUCAGAUAACCCAUAUAGUCAACAUGGCUUCCCUAUUUAGAAACAAGUUUCCAGAAUCGUUUUCCUAUCUAAAAAUAGACAUAGAAGACAUUGAAGAUGAACAAAUUCAGAAACAUUUUUCUACAGUGUUUAAAUUUAUUGACAGCUCUUUAACUCUAGGGGGACGCACUCUUAUUCAUUGCAACGCAGGUGUGUCAAGGGCAGGAACUAUAGUAACAGCCUACGUCAUGAAAAGCCAGGGAUUGGGUCUUAAAGAUGCUUUGAAAUUUGUUCGGUCCAAAAGGAAAAAUAACCCGACUAUUCCAAACGACGGCUUCAUGAAAGAGCUUAAAAAGUUUGAAAAACAACUGAUAGCAGUCAAUGUUAUCAAAUAAAUUAAAGCGUAAACAACGUCAGAAGUCCCAACGUUAUAUACGUUACAGCACAUUCUGUAGAGGAUUCAACACCAGUAAUAAUAGCUGGUUACCCGAGUAGACAGUUUCUACAGGGAAACAGUUGAUUCCGGAUUUUGACGGUGAACGUUCCCCUAAUGGUCACACAACAGAUCAACAAGAUGAAGGAGCUAGUCCUGUUCUAUACGUAUACAAUGUACUUUAAGUAUUCCUUUGGGAUUCGAUGCAUUAGCUCUUUUACAUAUUAUCUCAUCUCUUCCACAAUAUGUAUUUCCUGACCAUAUAAAAUAAUUUCAUGAUAUAGAGUGGGAGCAGGCAUGCACUUCGUUCUGCCUUUUCGACCCCUCAUUUAUCUAAUUAAUUCGGGUUAAUCAUUAUUUUACGAUCUAUUCUACUAGGCAAUAUUCGCCUCUACAGAAGUGUACCUGUUUAUAUAAUGAAUAUUUUACAAUGGCUAAAUUGGCUAGUCAAAACGUGAAGUUUAUGUGAAAAUUAAGUGGAAGCUUAACGUUUAAUAAACGGGGUGUGUGUCAUU